ACUUGUUUACUAAUAAUUAUUGAGGUUAUGUAUAAUGUAUGCAAUAACACUUUUUGUGUUUUAAUUCUACACAAUCUAUAGGAAGUGCAAUUAGUUUCGUAAUUUUACCUAAGUAACUAUAUCCAAAUACCCAAAACAGUGUUCGAAAAAUAUCCAAUAUGGAUAACGAAGAUACUCCUCAAAUCAUAACCCAUAUUGAGCAUAAUCUUAAUCAUAGUUUGUUUGAUUGUAAGUGGAUUCCAUGUUCUGCAAAGUUUGUUGUAAUUGGAUCACUACCCAAAGGAACAGGCACGUUAGAAAUCUUUGAAAUAAACUCAGGUGAAAUAAAGCAAAUUAAAGAAAUAGAAAGACCCAAUUCCUUCAAAUGUGGUACUUUUGGCGCUUCUAGCGACAUAGAAAGAUUUCUUGCUACUGGAGAUUUCAAAGGAACCCUAGAAAUAUGGGACUUAGAAAAAAGCAUUCAAAUGUACAUAGCAAAAGAGCACACUGAUAUUAUUAAUUCAAUAGAUGGUAUGGGCGGCAAUACUAUGAACUGUGGUGCACCAGAAAUUGUUACUGGGAGUAGAGAUGGGACUGUGAAAGUUUGGGAUCCACGUCAAAGGGGCAAGCCUGUUGCAAACAUGCAACCAGCAGCAGGUGAAACAAAAAGGGACUGUUGGACAGUGGUGUUCGGCAACUCUUUCAAUGAUACUGAGCGUAUUGUAGUUGCUGGGUACGACAAUGGAGAUGUAAAGAUGUUUGACUUACGUACAAUGUCUUUGAGAUGGGAAUGCAAUUUGAAAAAUGGGGUUUGUUCCGUUGAGUUUGAUCGCAAGGAUAUUCCUAUGAACAAAUUGGUAGCAACAACUCUUGAAGGCAAAUUCCAUGUGUUUGAUGUGAGAACACAAAAUCCAUCUAAAGGCUUCGCUCAGGUGCUAGAUAAUUCUUCAAAAUGCGGCACAAUUUGGGUAGCGCGCCAUCUGCCGCAAAACAGGGACUUGUUUGCGACGUGCGCGGGAAAUGGGCAGAUGUCGUUGUGGAAAUACAAAUACCCCGAGCAGAGGUGUCGUGUGGACCCCCAGGGGGUGGCGGUGGGGGUCCCGGGAACCCUGCAGCGGCUGCAGCGCAUGGUCGUCAGCUCGCAGCCGAUCAACGCCCUGGACUGGAACAGAGACCACCUCGGCCUUGGAGUAGCCACCGCUUACGACCAGUAUGUCAGGAUCGUGAUCGCUACUCAGCUAAACUUACAUUGACUUUGCGAGUAAGGUAUUUUAUUGGUAAUAUUUCAUUUUAAAUGCGUAUUACACAGUAUUCCAGUUGAAUACUUUAUAAUAUCAAAAUGGUACCAAAAAUUGCCUCCACACUCUAUUUAUGUGUAUUUAUCAGACGAUUCUGUACUGAGUUAGUAUAAAUGCCUUAUUUGAAGCUCAUUAGACCAUCUUGUAAGAAAAAUAACCAUAAUAAUAAGAAUUUGUUUAAUUUCUAAGAGGUUAUUUUGUAUAUUAGCAAUAUAAGGUCGAGUCGGAAGAAUUUUUUCUUUGCUUGUAAGUUGUACUUUUCAUAUCGCACUCCUAGUCAUCUUAAUGGAAAUGUUGUGAUGAUUAUAAUAUAAACACAAGAAAAAUCUUUUUAUUUUCUUUUUUUGUACUGAAAGUUGAAACUAAAAAAAGAUUUUGUUGCCAAAGGCGUUAUAAGAAAUUUUUAAUACAUUAGUGACUAGACUAUAUUGGGCUGUCAAUAAAACAACAGGUCAAUUUUCUAACUCAAAAGAGCAUUUUUAUUAAUCUAGCACUUAUGAUAAAUUAAAUUAAGGCUAGCAUUCAGUUCUUAUUUAGACUAAUUUUAGAACAGUUUGAACCACUGUGCAAAUCUACGUAGGCUUGUCAAAACAUUGGAUUAAGCGUGGUGUCCACGUAACAGACAUUUUCUUGAACAGUCAAAUCUUCUUGCUAAUGUUUUCCUGGAUUAGCCGAGAGAUAUUAGCAAGGUGGUUGUACCGAGUGAUACAUAAUAUUCAACAAUAUUAAUGAGUUCGAUUAAAAAUUACAUUCAGAAAAUACAUGCAUAUUUGUAACGUCUAGUCUUUUGAACAGAUUAUUAUUUGUUUAAACUAUA